AUGAAGAAGGAAAAAGUUCCCACCCUGAUCAUAUUGUGCAUUCUGAUCACAUAUACAGUUGGUAAAGAUUUAUUCACAUCUGAUGAUGACAUGAUUAGUCAUGUCCCUGGCGGAAAGGGUUUGCCAGCGUCAAACGAUGCUUCGAAGUUUGAAAACAGAAAUCCCACAGAUAGCAAGAUCGACAAAUUUCCCGCCACGUUCAUACGAACAUUUGUUGUGAGACGUGCAGCAAAAAAACACAAGAUGCCCUCUUCAUCACAAGAGGCUCGAAAACAUUCCUCUGCUAAAGGAUCUAACAAAGGGAAGGAUAGAUUUGUGUUUCCUUCAAAAAUUUCAACAUUGGGCACAAGCAAACCUUUCGAAUCGUUCAAAACAGAAAUGAGACCCGCGGCUCUCCAAUUGACCACAGUAUCUUCUAAAGGAAAAAUCAUCCCGUCAACCCCUACGCCAUACACAAAUUCGGAAAGGAUUUUAAAUCGAAGUGGUGCUACUAAAACCGACACGGAAAAAUCUGCACACAGUGGUAAAGAUAAAUUUCGGCCACCAGAUACAGUCACUGGAAAGCAAAGGCCUAGCGGCGGGACUACAGCAGCACCACUAGCCCCUACCCGACCUGGCGGCACCACAGCAACACCAACUCCCAACAUACUUGUUACCCCGCGAACUCAAGAGUCUGAAGGGCUACGUUUAGAACUUCCUUACGAUCAUGCCAGAACAGGAUCUGAUGAGGAUACAAAAAACGAGCGUGUCAUUAAAAAAGGAAAGAAUUGUUAUUCCUCAGCUGAGGAACAGCCACGAUCAGGUCCGCUGGCCACAAGCCUUGCAGGAGUGUUGGCUGGAAUUUUGAUUUUGUUCCUGAUUCUUACCGUCGUUCCUCGUUUAAGGAGAAUUUAUAACAACCGCUGGAGACGACGUAGUAACCCUAAAUUCGGUUUAAACAUUCCUCCAAAUGGUUACUUGAGCGAAGAGUUGAGUGAAGAGGAAAUCAUCUUUGACCGGGCUGUCCUGGAGCGUAAAAAUAACUCAUCAAAAACAGGUAACUCAAAAGCGACAUCGUGGACAUCUCCCAAGUGGAUGAAACCGGACCAUUAUUCGACUAUUCUGUCUACGGGUACACAACAGGAGCAGAAAAUAUGGACUUUGACUGAAAAGCCAAGAUCUACUCCCCUAAUGGCUGUCUUUGAAAACACCAAAAACCCUGGAACAGAGAUUUGGACCGGCAAUAAGAAUCCGGAUCCAAAAUUAACGGAGGCUUGGUUAUCGACGUCAUCCCUGUCUGAAUCAGACGUGUCCACACCAGCUGAAACAUCUCGGUCUGCAUCUCUCACCAGCGUAUCUGUAUUUUCACUGACACCUGAAUUUGAAGGUCGUGACGAUGAAUUCUCUUUACAUGAGUCAAUUUCAAGGUGUAGCCUGAACGAGAUCACAGUUUCUGACCCACUGCCUGCAAGACCCCUCUCGACCACUGUUCCAACUGCAUCCUCAAUUCUGACCAUCCCUGAAACAACAACAUUACCACACCCAUCUAGCCCUCAACAGUUCAUCAGUUUGGUCCUUAACGCGGCUUCUUCUGAUAAAUUGGCACAUACCUCGUCGAUGGAACUGGAUCGCAUCACUUCUUCUACAGAGUCGUGCAAGCCAAAUGCGAUUUUGUCAGAACCCUCCCCUUCACCACACCCAUCUGCUACGCAGCCGUCCUCAAUUUUAAGUCUACGGCCGGCCUCUUCUGAUGAACUAACACUUACAACGUCAAUGGCAAUGGAUCGCAAAUCCUGCAAAAUACCCGUGGCUCCACGUAAUGAGGUUGUCAUUGGAAUAAACGCAGAAGAAGAUGAAGGAAUCUCUUGCCCAAAUGAGAGUAAUAAGGAAAUAAUUGGCAAGAAAUCAGCGGCGCAAGUAUCGAUAACAAUGGAAAAUACGGUGGAGGAAGCAAGCAAAGACAUGUUGUGUGUUAGUCGAGUGUUGUAA